GUUCAUUCUUCAGAGAAAGAUGAGAACAGUGUUCUCUCUACUCUUCUUCCGGAGAAGAAAUAGAAAUAAGAAUCUCUCUGCUCUAACUGAGGAAUUUUCUCUUGUAGAUUAGUCUCGCCCCCUGCCCUUUUUGCUCGGUUGCUAUUUAACACCUUCUUACUUCCCACAAAUUACAACUUAUGCAAGCUAGACUGACGUUACCUCUCGCUUCUAGAAUUGAAGCUCUGUUGACUGCCAAAAUUGCCAUUUUCAGGGUUUUUUACCCUCUAUAAGUAUUGAGCAAUUUUGAUUUUGGACGUGAGGAGUUAAGGGUUUAGAGUACUUUUCAUUCUAGUUUCUGCUAUGGAGGCUGCCAUUCUCAGCUCUUACAAACAGCUUUCCACAACGGCGGACCUCAGGAUUCGAGGAAAGUUUGCUGGAUGUGAUCUCCAUUUCUGUAAUUUGUCUUUGAACAGAACACACAUUCCUCUUAAGUUAAAAUUUUCUGAAUCGAGUAGAAGGCACUUCUCUUUACGGAAGGGGCUGAUAUUCUCUAUUGGAAGGAAAAAAUUAUCUAGCUAUUUCACUCAUCAACUUUCAAGCGACUAUUCAAGUAUCAGUGCAUCAGCAGGAGAAACACUGCAUUAUGGACAGUCUUCAUCAAUGAGUGAAGAUGAGGAAGUGUCACCAACAUCUAUAGAUGCCAACAACUUUGUUUCCUUGCAGCCUAAGCAGAAGCAAUUUAGAAAUAGAUUCUUGAACUUCGUGAGACUGGGCUCCGUCAUUGAUAAUGCUGCUGAUUCUUUUUUCAAGAGUGAGAUAAGGAGAAGGCUGUUUGUGACUGCCAUCUUAAUUGUCAUUAGUAGUAUAGGAUAUUUCAUUCCUCUUCCAGGAUUUUACAGGAGGCUGAUUCCACAAGAUUAUCUCAGUUUUGUCUCGGGAUCUGUUGGUUUUUGGUUCUUCGAACUUGGUGGACGAAGUGCGGGGAAGUGGUGAAAAGAUAAUUUUCUUUUCUCCCAUGUAAUUAUCAAUACACUUUCCUUGAAGAUCUACUUGGUGAUUCCACUCCAGAACUUAAACUCUCUCUUUUCCAACUUGGGGUCAGUCCUCAGAUAGCGGCGUCCAUUCUUAUGCAG